AUGGCACUUUGGGAAACGUACUCGAGUUCGGCCAAGAUAACGUGCCUGAUUUUCCUAUCCAAAGAGGCUUCUUCGAAAGCACAAUCAACCCCAGUUCUUUCAGCAGAGUCUUCAGUUUUUGAAAACAAGCCCUUCAAGGAGAACAAUAGGCCAGUCGCCAUCUGCAACCAGUAUCUGUGCUAUCAGCAACUGAGGUGUACUCGGCGAUCUUUUGAGAUUGAAGUUGGAGGCUUUCAGAAAUCGCUUGAUCAGUUGAUCCCUUGUAACUUGAAGCCCAAAUUUGUUGUUGAAGAGGUUCAAGAAGCAACCGGGGUGGGUGAUGAGAAGUUUGGGGUGGUCGGUCCGGAUAGGGACCCAAUUUAG